AUGUCUGACUUUGGCGCACCUCCCGUCAUCCCCACCGAGCUGCAGCAGUACAACUCGUACGUUGAGGAUCCGAAAUGGCAAGCCAAGUUCUCGUACAUCUGGGCUGCUGUCGUCGGUGCGGCCUUCUUGGCGUCCGUGCCCCACAUCGUCCAGUCCAUCCGUAACCGACGCUUGUUCCGCGGCAUGAUCACCGGCGUCACCGAGUACUCGGUCGGCAAGCAUUAUCAACUGGCUAGCGGGCAGGAUGCUAUACCGACACAUGUGAAGCGGAGGGUGUCGGGCGUCGUACAUACGCUGUGCUCGACCAUGCUCUGGACGCUCCCUGGUGUUGAGCUCAAUCUCGGUCAAAUGCUGCUCGUCGGUGGUUACCUUGCCAUUGUUGUCGCAAGCAUCGCCAUGAACAUCGAUCUUGUCACCUAUCCCAAUCGCGCAGGUUUCAUCGCGCUCGCCCAGUUCCCGGUCGUCUUCCUCUUCGGGACCAAGAACUCAAUCGUCUCGCUGAUUCUCGGUCCCGGUAACGGCUACGAGAGGCUGAACUACAUCCAUCGCUGGUCCGGCCGCGGCCUCUUCAUCGCGGCCACCAUCCACGGCGCCCUGUGGAUCAAGAACCACCUCAUCUGGGAUCUUCCCAUUCUCGGCCAACAGAAGGAGACUUCGGGCGUGGCCGCACUUGGCGUGUUAUGCGGCAUUGUUCUCACGUCCUUGAGGCCGGUUCGGAGAUGGUUCUACCAGUCCUUCUUCAUCGUCCACGUGCUCGGAUAUGUUGCUUUCUUCAUCACGAUCUGCUACCACACGACAUACGCUUCCCCUUGGAUCUUCCCCCCUCUGGCGUUCUACGGCUUCGACAUACUUCUCCGCGUGUUCCGCUACCGCAUCAAGGACGCGACCUUGGUCCCUGUCGAUACUAACAUGACUCUUAUCCACAUUCACGACUGCGACGACGGCUGGCUUGCCGGUCAGCAUGUCCGCCUCCGCGUUUUCAUCGGCGCUCGCGUCUUCGAAUCCCACCCGCUCACCAUCCUCAACGCGCCCCCCGCAUCCUCCUGCAUGCCCUCCAGCACCGUCACCCUGGCCGCGCGCGCCGUCGGCGACUGGACGCGCGAGAUCAAUGCAUACGCCCUCGCGGAGCAAGCGCGACUCCGUGGCGAGAAAGACGCCAACCAAUCCGCCACUGGCGCCCAGAUCCAAGUCAUGAUCGAUGGUCCUUACGGCGGCUGUAGCAUUGACCUCGGCCAGCACGAGUCCGUCCUUCUCGUCGCGGGUGGCUCCGGCGCCGCGUUCACGCUCGGCCUCCUCGACGACCUCAUCGCGCGCUGCACCCGACUCGGGCGCCCGUCUGGGGAGCGCACGCGCCGUAUCGAGUUUGCGUGGUGCGUGCGGUCGUACGGCGCGCUGCACUGGUUCGCGCCCCGGCUCGAAGCGCUCGCCCGCGCGUGCGCCGGGACGACCCUCGACCUGCACGUCUCGGUGUACGUGACGUGCCUCUGCGCGCCCGCCGAGGUCCCCUUCGUGCCGAACAUGGACGUCACGAUCGUCGAGCGGCCGAGCGUCGUGGACCUCCUGCGCGCGUUCGUGACGCCGCCGUCGUGCGCGCACCCUAACCCGGCGAAGGCGAGCGACAAGAAAGUGGAGGCCGACGCGGAGUCCAUCUCCGUCGAGUCCGUCUCGGACGACAUCGAGGGGGCCCCGAGCGGGCGGGUGGCCGUGUCGGACCGGCUGGCGUGGGUCGGCCUCGGUGGCGGCGUCGCGGUGUGCGCGGCGGGCCCGGAGAGCAUGACGCGGGAGGCGCAGAACGCGGUCGCGAGGAUCGGGCUCACGCGCGGCGUCGAGCUCGGCGGGGUCGCACUCCACACGGAGCUGUUCGCCAUGUGA